AUGAACUGGACAGGAGGCCGACUUCGCCGUCAUUCCCAAAUCAAUUCCAAAACGCGGAAACAGACCUUUGGGAAUACAAGCGCCGCUAGCAAAGGCCACGGUCCUCAUCAGAUUACUCUUUUCAACAGUUUUGCCAAACAGCAGGACGCGGAGAAGAGAGGGAACUUAAAACACAGUACAAGAAAUCCAGAGAACAGGGCAGUCGAAUCUCUACCUCAAGCCUCGUCAAAUACUAGCACGGACGCAGCUUCAAGGCCACCCAAUCGUUUAGAACAGAUAAAGCGGCAGCUGCUUGAAACAGCCGACUGGGCUGCUGUUGGCGUGGCACGUCCUAUUCAAGUUGCUUUUACGCCUGAGGAAGAGAUUGAGAGAUUCGGCAAACGACGAAGACUUACGAGAGACGACCACGAACGAUUGAACAAAUCCGCAACGAUGCCCGGUAGACCUCUUAGACUAGUUGACGAGGCAAACGCCUUGUCCGACGGUAGCCCUGAUAUUACCCCCAGGAACGUCUUUCUUCCAAUGGGAGAAGCAGAUUUCACUGAGGCCAACACAAACCCAUACUACCCCCACGGAGAUCCCCGCAGAAUAUCUUCUCAACCAAUGCUCAUGGAAGAUGAGUCCCUCGACGUGAACAACAGUGUUGGCGUGCAGAGUUCUCUCCCAAGCACAAAUGGUGUAGCGAGAGGAGCGAGAAACGCAAGUUCGCUGUCCAGGUCUUCCAGCGGUCUCCAGCGUCGUGGUGAUAGAGUGAUCAUGACGAACCUCGUUCAAAUGAACGGCGAACCAUACCUAUCCGCAAGGCAAUGGCUUGAGCAGGGGCACGCGAUGGAGGCAUCGCAGUCCAACAGAAGUAGCUCUAUCGUCCCCGAACCUGAGUCAACAGUCCGCAGACGAUUUACUAUCGAUGACCAAAUACGCGAUGCCCAAGCGUUGUACAGACAGAGAAGGCCCCCGGCUAGCUCUCCAUCUAGAUUUGCUCAAACUGUGGGCCAGGGUCAAAUUGUGUCUGAACGGCCCACAAGGAUGUUUCCUGGGGGACCUCCUAUGAGAAUACCGCCAACAUUGUUCCGACGAGUGCCUCGAACUAAUGGGCGCCUGGACAACAGGCCUCGACUUUCUGUAUCAAGGCAAACACUUCAGCAGUUUUCGAAUUUUCCACCAUUGAGCCCUGGACCACGACCCUCGGGCAGCCAGCAGCUUUCGCGGUUUCCAUCAUCGAGCCCUAGCCCACUACCCUUGAGCAGCCAGCAGCCUGGUGCAGCCGUCAGGGCGCUAACUGCAGGACAGGGAAGACUUGAAGGCCCUGUACUCGGGAACGCGAACGAGUCCUUGAACGGGAAUAUGAACGGGGAAGCUGGUUCGGAUGAGCAAUCAGCUGGGGAUAAUGCGAAUGACGACCUUUACCUAGCAUAUCUUAACUUUUGA